GGAAAAAAUGCUGCUGGGGGCGAUAAUUAUAGCUGCACGAGCGCGAUGGCCACGGCGAAGAUGCUGGUGCCAAUGGCUGCCCGCGUGUUUGGCCAUGCCUUUGAGCCAAGCGAACUCCCAAGAGCCUGCGCACUAGCUGCCGAGGAAGGGGACUUGGACGGAAUCCGCGAAGCCAGACUAAGAGAAACCAAAGCCUCAACUGUUCCUUGUGAAGAAAUUGCGCGAGUGACAUCCGGUCCCAGGACUUGGGCCGCAUCCGAAGCGAUUGCACCGGUCACAUUUGGUGGAAACACCUCUGCAGCAGUAGAAGCGAUUGUGCCAGUGACAUUUGAAGGAAGCAUCACUGCAGCAGUAGACGCGAUUGUGCCAGUGACAUUUGAAGGAAGCAUCUCUGCAGCAGUAGAAGCGAUUGUACCCGUGACACUCGAGUUUAGCAAAUUGGAGGCAGAUGGAUUACUUGUGUCAGAGUUGGAGAGACAGCACCGGGACCUGACGCAACAGCAUCAGGAAUUGGCAACGCUCCGCCGCACAGUGCAGAGCCACGAGGAUGCAACUCGGGCACUCAAUGCCCGAUUGUUGGACCUGGAACAGGCUGUACCAGGACCAGCUGCUGGAGCUUCCAGCAGUGCACCCUCAAGCCGCCAACUGGAGGACCGCGUUGACCACGUAGUGGCAAUSCUCRGCRACAUCAGCACCUUCGCUGCGCCGACCACCACCAUCAGCAGUCAGCUGCAUACAUUGAAGACYGAGGUCCARAAGUUGCAGUCGACGAACGCGGACGACAAUCCGAAGAUGUACAAGAUGCCAACUUUCAACCUGGAGAGGUUCGACGACUACACGCAGCAGGAUCCCGUCCUCUGGUGGGAAGCAUUCACAACGCAACUCAGGAUUCUGCCAGUAGCCAAGCAUGCGUACAUCGGCACCCUGUUCCUGAACUCAAAGGGCGGAUGCCAGACCUGGUUGAGUCACCUGGCAACCUCCCACGGCGUCGACGUACCAGGCUUGAAGGACGUUAUCACAUGGGAGGAACUAACACGGCUGUGGAAGAAGCGGUUCAUCGUCGAGGACACGCCGGCUCUCGCCAUCAACCGUUUGUUCACCAUGUCACAGGGCAACACAGCCACACGGAACUGGCUCACGGAGUGGCAGAAGAUUGCGGUUGUGCCCAAUCUGAACCAACCAUUCGAGCAUCUACGCCGUGAGUUGUACAACAGGUCAUGUGCGGCAUUGAGCCAGGCUCUUGGUGAUCGCGAACAGUACUCAACUAUCGCGGAGAUCAUUGACAAAGCGAGGGAAUUCAUCAAGACCAACAGGUCAGCUGCACACGAAAAAUCAACAUCAUGGCAGCCGACCUAUGUGGAGAAGGUACGAACUGGUCCGCGACAGCAGCACUUCGCUGCAGUCCAGCAGGACAGUGGAGAUAACCCAGCAGCCACUCCAGUAUCAAGCGGAGUACAAGUUCCGCGGCCGCUACGACAGCUGCAACUGGUGCAACAGCACCAAGCACAAGACCUCCCUGUGCCAAGAUCAGGGCAACGAGGAUGUGCGACCUCCCCUCAGCUCGGGAAACUGAGCUCCGCGAAAGUACCAGCUCCGUUGAUGGACGCCGGAGCAGAGGUUGUCGACCUUCACGUUUUCAUCGCGAAGAUCGACCGCGAGUUCAAGACGCAACGCUGCCACGUGGUAUCCGCCGCAAGCAUGCGAGCUUCCAUCAUCAAAGACGACAUCGAGGAGAUGGGGGUGUGUUUUCUCCACGCCCUCCCGCCACAUGACGCUUCAUCGACGGACUCACCUUCGGAUCCACGCAUCACCAAACUUCUCGACGCCUACAGCGACGUGUUCGAAGGCCCGCAUGGAUUAGUACCGGAUCGACCCAUCCACCACGAGAUCAUCCUCGAGGACGAGGCCGUACCUCCGCGCGGUUGCAUCUACCGAAUGAGCGAGGAAGAGUUAAGUGUGCUUCGGGCACAACUCGACGACCUUCUAGUGAAAGGCUGGAUUCCGCCUAGCUCAUCGCCAUACGGUGCGCCUAUUCUCUUCGUCCGGAAGAAGAACAAGGAUUUGCGGUUGUGCAUCUAUUAUCGCAAGCUUAACGCGCAGACGAUCAGGAACGCCGGCCCUCUCCCACGCAUCGACAACCUUCUCGAGCGAUUGGGCGGCGCCCAGUUCUUCUCUAAGUUGGAUCUCAAGUCAGGGUACCACCAACUCGAGAUUCGCAAGGAGGAUCGCUACAAGACAACAUUCAAGACUCGGUAUGGGCAUUUCGAAUCGCUGGUCAUGCCAUUUGGCCUUACGAAUGCCCCAGCCACUUUCCAAGCGGCUAUGACGACGGAGUUCCAACACAUGCUGGAUCGUUUCGUACUUAUAUACCUCGACGACAUUCUGGUUUACAGUCGGAGUCUGGACGAGCAUGUGGAACACCUGCGCACCGUUUUAAAGCGGCUACGACAGGCCAAGUACAAAGCAAACCGCAACAAGUGCGAGUUCGCACAGCAAGAGCUGGAGUACUUGGAACACUAUGUGACGCCGCAAGGCAUCCGUYCGCUUGCGGACAAGAUCGAGGCUCUACGAGUAUGGCCCGAGCCCACCAACACCACGGACGUUCGUUCAUUCAUGGGGUUGGCGGGCUACUAUCAGCGAUUCACCACCGGAUACUCCAAGAUUGUUGCACCUAUGACGAGGUUACAGUUGCCAAAGCUACCAUUCGUAUUCGAUGACGACGCACGCCGGUCAUUCCAAGCACUUAAGACGACUAUGCUCAUGGCACCCGUCCUUAGCAUUUAUGACCCCACCCUGCCGACACGAGUGACUACGGACCCUUCCGGGUAUGGCAUUGGGGCAGUCUUGGAACAGCACGACGGCGACGACUGGCACCCUGUGGAGUAUUUCAGCCACAAAGUGCCUCCCAUCAGCUCGCUUGAUGAUGCAAGGAAGAAGGAGCUGCUCACAUUCGUGAUGGCUCUCAAACACUGGCGGCACUUCCUCCUUGGGUGUCGUAGGUUCACAUGGAUCACAGACAACAAUCCAUUGACCUACUACAAGACGCAGGACACGGUGAGCAGCACGAUCGGACGAUGGAUGUACUUCAUCGACCAAUUUGACUUCACACCAAAGCAUGUCCCCAGCCUCUCCAAUCACGCAGCAGAUUCACUCUCGCGAAGACCUGAUCUUUGCGCUAUGACACAUCAUGCCUUCGCAUUCGACGAGGAGCUUCAGCGACACUUCAUCCGGGCAUAUCAGUCUGAUCCGGACUUCGGCACGCUCUAUGCACAGCUAUCUUCGGAUCACCCGCCGGCCAGCCAUUACCGCAUUGCCGACGGGUACUUGCUCYUCCACUCGAGAGGCAAGGACUUACUAUGUGUCCCACGCGACACUCGUCUUCAGACUCGCCUCCUCGACAAAUACCAUGAUUCACGACUCGCCGGCCAUUUCGGAGUCAACCGCACUAUUGCACGACUUCGACAGCGAUUCCGAUGGCCCGACCUCAUUACCGAUGUCACUCGGUAUUGCGACUCUUGCAAAGUUUGCCGACGCUGCAAACCCCGCAACCGCAAUCCCUACGGCGAGUUACACCCGAUGCCUAUCCCACAGGAACCCGGUCUCUCCAUUGCCAUGGACGUCACCGCUCCGUUUCCUCGCGACCGGCUCGGGCACGACGGCAUCCUCACGGUUGUGGACCGAUUGAGUAAGUACGCGUGUUUUCUCCCUUGCAAGUACUACUCCACGGCUCMCGAGCUGGCACGCCUCCUGCACACUGGUUGGAUUUGUGGCCACGGUGUACCAGAAGACAUUGUCAGCGACCGCGACACUCGUUUCAUGUCGGCGUUUUGGACUGCUCUNGAAGACAUUGUCAGCGACCGCGACACUCGUUUCAUGUCGGCGUUUUGGACUGCUCUCAUGCAGGAGUCCGGCACAACAAUGAAACCAAGUUCGGCUCRACACCCUCAGACAGACGGGCAGACGGAGCSGGCACAUCARACYGCUCAAAUGAUGCUUCGUACGCUCAUCCGUCCGGACCAGAAAGAUUGGGUUGACCGCCUCCCCGACAUCGAGUUCGCCUACAACACUUCGGUGCAUCCGGCGAUCGACGUGACUCCAUUCGAGUUGCGCCACGGUGGACGGAAAGACCGGAUCUUCGCCGACCUUCUCCUCCCUCGACCAGCCGACAUUGACGUUGCCUGCUCUCCCUCUUCCGUCCGGAAGUACAGGGAAUUGCUGACUCAAGCCCGCACAAAUAUGCAAAAGGCUCAAGUCCGCAUGYAGCAGCAAGCCAACAGGCGUCGCGUACCAUGUCCCAUUCGUGCCGAUGAUCUGGUUUGGGUCUCCGCGGAARAGUUUGCACUGGAACAGGAUGUUUCACGCAAACUGCUUCCCAAGUGGUUUGGACCUUGGUCUGUGACAGCAGCCGCGGGCGAUGAGCCCGAUGGCUCUUCAUUUGUGAUCAACAUUCCAAAGCAUCUGACGGACCAUCCGGUCUUCCACGCCUCGAAGCUGGCAACUUACACGCCAGCCAAGAGCGACGACUUUCCGGACCGACGAUCGCAGGACCCUCCUUCUAUGGAUGGCCAUCAGGAAGUUGACCGCGUCAUCUCCGAUCGCAAGUACGGCAGCAAGCCACCGCAGUACAAAGUCACAUUCAAAGCAUGCGAUCGCGAUGACACUCGGUGGAUAUCAGGCGCAGAUUUGAAAGCAUCCGCACCGCUGAUCUACGCGCAUUAUGAAAAGCGCAAGUUAGCUGAGGAAGCUUCACGACCAGCCCCUCCCACCCGGACUAUGGUCCCUCCCUCAGACAGACAGCUUCGCCCUCGCAGGUAAGCUCGGUUCUUCAAGGAGGGGGGGGUGUGGCAUACUGCGAAGCCACACGGGCCCUACAGGGCCCGUCCCGGACAUUCAGCCUA